AUACAAAAGGUAGAUAAGCGAAGGGAAGGAAGCCGUCAUGCGGCCGCUCGUGUGCGGCCUGCGGUGAGCUAGGUAGUCGGUUGCGCAAGACGCGGCCCGCAUCCAUUAUUGUCCACUGCUGUCACCCGUGGAGUUCAGUACGAAAUCUUGGGGUGAAACAAGAGGAACGGAAAUACCAUGGAUGUCAGUGGCGGACGGGGGUCGGGGGCCGGGAGAUUCGGCCUGUUAGCUCGAGGGGAUUAGGGCGAGGGAAGGGGAAAGGAGGGUAGUGUACAAACGGACUCUAUGUUCCGUACCCCCUCCCCAGUCCACGCAUCAAUAACAAGGCACGAAGUCCACCGGAGUUCGGCCACUGUGGCCAAUCGGCGAGGCAUUCCCCAGACACUAGGAUUCAGGAAGGCGGGCAGCUGGCGACAGACGUAUGCAAGUCAAUUGGAGUACCAGCGAGCUGGGUCCGGCCGAACACAGACACGCCAUGGCCAUGGGCAUGGGCAUGAGCAUGGACAUGGAUUGUGGCUCUCUGCGACUCCGGGCGGCCGACUCAAGCAGGUCGUAUUGUGUUCCAGCCUGGCCGCCUUGGCACUUCUGACGACCCUUGCUCUUCUCCGGCCUGCAGCAGCCACACACUCGGCUGUGCUGUGCUGCUGGCCCCUCAGUAACAGUUGGCAUUUCGAGGCGGGGUUGCGUUACGCUGCGUUGUGUUUGCGCCUUGAGUGUUGUGUGCGGGCUGGUACCGGAGAAGGGAGAGCCGGAGCGGGGGCGGGUGGAGGGGGGAAAGUCGGUUGGAUCGGGUGGCGCUGUCGGGAAUCCCGAGAAAUCGGGCUGAAUGGAAGCAAAAAAAAAAAGGCAAACACGCCCAAGGCAUCGAAUACCUGGGAUGGUGCAACGGCUUAUCGCAUCCAUGGUGGGGGCAAGCCGGCAGGCCUGGGCGACUGGCUGCUCCUUCAAGUUCUGCUGCGGACUGCUGUUGGCUCCUUCCUCUGCCGCCGGCUGUUAGGUUCGUGUGCCCACCGGCCGCCCUGCUCCUUCCUUAGGUGCACAACGUGUCGUUGCCCGCACGCAUGCAUAGACGAGUUGCCGGCAGGCAACGGUUUGGCUUCGUUUCUUGUGGGGAAGGGACGGUACAUGUACAUGCAAGCACGCACACGCAGCUGCCUUCCCAGCUUUACUCCCGUCGGUUCCCUCAAACCUGUUGUGGCUUCGUGCCUUCGUGCCUUCGUGCCUACCUUCCUGCUGCCCGCAGCCCAGCACCUGGCCAAUGGCUCCUCCCUCGGGGAUACCAGGGAGUCUUUUAUCUAACCUAGAAAGCUUGGUCAGCUCAUCCUAGACUCCUAACAAGCGUCUUGGGACCUACUACGUGUCAUGGAAAACAAACACCUCAACCAGGGAAGACUCUCGGCUGGCUGCAUUCCCGAAUCCCGUGCGGGUCGACGGUCCAUUGGAUUGACGGCCUCUUUCCUCAGCUAA